GCUGAUCCAGAGUGUAGUCUCCCUUGUUGCAAGGUCGCCAAGAUGGCGAAAGACAACGUCCCGGUCCCUACUGAGGGAGGAAAGGUUCCUGCACCGCCGAACCCCGACGUUCCGCGUCCCAAUGAAACGCUACAGGAGUACAAAAUUCGCAUUUAUACAGAGACACAGGUUUACAAGGGUAGCAGGUAUCCACCUUUUAGUAUUGAGCACAAACCGUUAGAGCGUCAGAGACUUGCAACUCCAAUGACAGCGGAGGACAGGUUUCUGAGGAAGCAAUGGCUGCACGAUCAAGUCCUCGUGAACACGGAUUCGAGAUACAUUGAACAGGUGUACCCCCGAAAUAUAUUUAGGCGGAUCUAUCGUAAACCAUGGGAUUUGAUAGAACAAGGUCUGCGAAAUGUUGUGAGUCCAAGCACAGCCCUGCGGAUAAGAGUCAUGGUACCUAAGUUAAUGAUAUUUGCAGUCAGCAUCGCCGCUGUAUAUUAUCACCUAAGGUUCAAUUACAAGACCUGGGAGUCCUUCCAUGGAGCUGAUGUGUACAUUUCCAGACCACCCAAAUACCCUGGGCAAGAUGCCUCCACGUUCCCUUCCCAGCCCAUUUUUGGAGACUGCAAUUUCAGCAGGAGAAAAUCACUGCGUGAUUAAAUUAUUAACAUUUAUAAUUCAUAGAAGAAGACAAAAGAAAAAUAGAAAAGACCUUUGUCGUGAAUCAUAAUGUUAUAUGAAAAAGCAGAUUGAUCAUAAUUUUCUCUGAACUAUCUACACAAUUCUGAAAUGGAAACUUUAUUUUGCACAAAAAUUACAAAAAUAACUUGUUGAGCAGUCUAGAUGAGCAAGUAUUAAAUACUGGUGCCAGCUCUGUAGAAUUGGGUGAAAUUCUAAAAAAAAUAAUUGAAGUGAAUUGGCAGUGUUUGGUUCUGCAGUUGGCAUAUGAACAUUAUUGGCGGUUGCAUAUGCUCUGUUAAACUGCAAUUUCGAAGAUGAUUAAAUAUGAAAAUUGUA